AUGACAAAGGAUACUGGAGCCCUUAGCGGCUGCCGCCGCAGGAGACGGUUGGAAGAACCAUUGUGGGAGCGCUGCACGAGGCGGGCGACUUCUCCCUGCUCACGACCAGACCCCGCAAGCAGCGGAGUCGGUGCUACUGUCGCCCGACAGGCAUUUAAAUCAAACGGUAUUGAGAAGGAUUGGGUUAUGAAACAUAAUGGUCCAAAUGAUGCUAGUGAUGGGACAGUACAACUUCGUGGACUGCCAUUUGGUUGCAGCAAAGAGGAAAUAGUUCAGUUCUUUCAAAGGUUGGAAAUAGUGCCAAAUGGGAUAACAUUGACGAUGGACUCGGGGAGAAGCACAGGGGAGGCCUUCGUGCAGUUUGCUUCAAAGGAGAUAGCAGAAAAUGCUCUGGGGAAACACAAGGAAAGAAUAGGGCACAGGUAUAUUGAGAUCUUCAGAAGUAGCAGGAGUGAAACCAAAGGAUUUUAUGAUCCACCAAGAAGAUUGCUGGGCCAGCGACUGGGACCAUAUGAUAGACCAAUAGGAGGAAGAGGGGGUUAUUAUGGAGCUGGGCAUGGAAGUUAUGGAGGUUUUGAUGACUAUGGUGGCUAUAAUAAUUAUGGCUAUGGAAAUGAUGGCUUUGAUGACAGAAUGAGAGAUGGAAGAGGUAUGGGAGGACAUGGCUAUGGUGGAGCUGGUGAUGCAAGCUCAGGUUUUCAUGGUGGUCAUUUUGUACAUAUGAGGGGAUUGCCUUUCCAUGCAACUGAAAGUGACAUUGCUAAUUUCUUCUCACCACUAAAUCCAAUCCGAGUGCAUAUUGAUAUUGGAGCUGAUGGCAGAGCAACAGGAGAAGCAGAUGUAGAGUUUGUGACAUAUGAAGAUGCAGUUGCUGCCAUGUCUAAAGAUAAGAAUAACAUGCAACAUCGAUACAUUGAACUCUUCUUGAAUUCAACUCCUGGAGGCAGCUCUGGAAUGGGAGGUUCUGGAAUGGGAGCCUAUGGCAGAGAUGGAAUGGAUCAUCAGGGAGGCUAUGGAUCUGUUGGAAGAAUGGGAAUGGGGAACAAUUACCAUGGAGGAUAUGGUACUCCUGAUGGCCUGGGUGGUUAUGGCUGUGGUGGGGGAGGCAGUGGCGGUUACUAUGGGCAAGGUCGCAUGAGUGGAGGUGGAUGGUGUGGGAUGUACUGAAGCAUAACCACCGAUAUAAAAGUCCUGACAACAGCAUCUGGUCUACUAGACUUUCUUACAGAUUUAAUUUCUUUUGUAGUUUAAGAACUUUAUAAUGACUGAAGGAAUGUGUUUUCAAACUAUUAUUUGGUAAAGCAACAGAUUGUGAUGGGAAAAUCUGUUUUCUGUAGGUUUUAUUUGUUGCAUACUUUG